UUCUCCCGUUUUCCCUGUGGCCGUAGUGAGUGGAAAGCAGAGUGCCAGCCUAGGAAUUCCGUUAAAGCACAUCAGCAGCCACUGCCAUGGCUGAACGCCGCGCCUUCGCCCAAAAAAUCAGCAGGACUGUGGCAGCAGAGGUUAGGAAGCAGAUAGCCGGCCAGUAUGGGGGAUCCCCACAGCUCUUCAAAAACCUUAAUGUUGGGACAGCAACAAGCAACACAGUUCCCCUCACAGAGGCGGUGGAGCCGGUGGAUUUUGAGGAGUACCUCAUCACUCACCCUCCCAUCGUUGAGUCUGGUCCCUUGAGAGAUCUGAUUGAGUUUCCCCCUGAUGACAUUGAGGUCAUCUACACACCCAGGGAGUGUCGCACUGUGGUUCAAGCUGUCCCAGAGGAAGGAGACACUGAUCCCCAUGUCAGAGAUUGUGUCAGAUCCUACACAGAAGACUGGGCAGUUGUUAACAGAAAAUAUCACAAGCUCGGUACAGGCUUUAACCCUAAUACUCUGGACAAACAGAAGGAACGUCAGAAAGGCCUGCCCAAACAGGUGUUUGAGGCUGAUGAGAUGCCUGACAGCAGCAGCUAUCAGGAUGAUCAGGAUGAUCUGAAGCGACGGUCGAUGUCUAUAGAUGACACUCCGCGUGGCAGCUGGGCCUGCAGCAUUUUUGACUUGAAGAAUUCCCUCCCUGAUGCCCUCCUUCCUCACCUCCUUGAUCGUGCUCCCAAUGAGGAGAUUGACCGGCACAACGAGGAGCAGCGCAAGGCCAACCGCCAUCGUGAACUCUUUGCUCUGCACCCUGCCCUUGAUGAGGAGGAGCCCAUUGAGCGCCACUGUGUGCCUGAAGUACCUAAAGAGCACUUUGGCCAGAGGCUACUCGUCAAGUGUUUGUCCUUGAAGUUUGAAAUCGAAAUUGAACCCAUAUUUGCUAGUUUGGCCUUAUACGAUGUCAAGGAAAAGAAAAAGAUAUCAGAGAACUUUUUCUUUGACUUAAACUCUGAGCAGACGAAAGCAAUGUUGCGUCCACACAUACAGACGGCAGCCAUCUCCACACUGGCCCGCUCUGCCAUUUUCUCUAUCACCUACCCUUCCCAGGAUGUCUUCCUAGUCAUCAAGCUGGAAAAAGUACUGCAGCAAGGUGAUAUAGGAGAGUGUGCAGAGCCUUAUAUGGUCUUCAAGGAGUCAGAUGCUGCCAAGAACAAAGAGAAGCUGGAGAAGUUACGCAGCCAGUCAGAGCAAUUCUGCCAGCGCCUGGGCCGCUACAGAAUGCCUUUUGCUUGGACAGCCAUCCAUCUAAUGAACAUUGUAAACAGUGCUGGCAGUCUUGAGAGAGAUACAGAGCUGGAGAUGAGCCUUUCAGAGAGGAAAGGCUCAUGGUCAGAACGGAGAAAUUCUAGCAUCAUGGGAAGGCGUUCCCUGGAGAGGACCACCAGUGGAGAUGAAUCGUGUAGUCUCACAGGUUUCAGACCUGCCACACUUACUAUCACCAACUUUUUCAAACAGGAGGGGGAUAGGCUUAGCGAUGAGGAUUUGUAUAAGUUCCUAGCUGAUAUGAGAAGACCUUCUUCGGUGUUACGGAGACUCAGACCCAUCACAGCCCAGUUGAAGUUGGACAUUUCUCCAGCUCCAGAGAGCCCGCAUUAUUGCUUGACCCCUGACCUCGUGCAGGUUAAACCUUAUCCAGACAGUAGGGUGCGCCCCACCAGAGAGAUCCUGGAAUUCCCUGCCAGGGAUGUCUACGUGCCAAACACCACAUACAGGAAUCUGCUGUAUGUGAACCCUCAAAGUCUUAACUUUGCCAACCGCCAAGGUUCUGCCCGCAACAUCACGGUGAAAGUUCAGUUCAUGAAUGGAGAGGACCCAAACAAUGCAAUGCCGGUCAUAUUUGGAAAGUCAAGCUGUGCUGAUUUCUAUAAAGAGGCCUACACUGCGGUGGUAUACCAUAACAGAUCCCCUGACUUUCAUGAUGAGGUCAAGAUCAAGCUGCCUGCUUCUCUGUCCGACCACCACCACAUUCUCUUCACCUUUUACCACAUCAGCUGUCAGCAGAAGCAGAACACACCAUUGGAGACACCUGUGGGAUACACAUGGAUCCCCAUGUUGCAAAAUGGACGUCUGCGAACGGGACACUUCUGUCUACCUGUAUCUCUUGAGAAGCCACCACAGUCAUACUCUGUUCUCUCCCCAGAUGUUCCUCUCCCAGGAAUGAAGUGGGUAGACAACCAUCGAGGUGUAUUUAAUGUGGAAGUGGUGACCGUUUCCACCAUCCACACACAGGACCAGUACCUGGAUAAGUUCUUUGCUUUGGUGCAUGCUUUGGAUGAGCACAUGUUUCCAGUCAGGAUAGGGGACAUGCGCAUCAUGGAAAACAACCUGGAGGCAGAGCUGAAAUCCAGCAUUGCAGCACUCAACUCAUCCCAGCUGGAGCCAGUGGUUCGAUUCCUUCACCUUUUACUUGACAAGCUGGUGCUGCUUGUAGUUCGGCCGCCAGUCAUUGCUGGACAGAUUGUGAAUCUGGGUCAAGCAUCCUUCGAGGUCAUGACAUCCAUAGUGAACCGGCUUCAUAAAUACUUGGACACCAGCCAGGACAUGCACGGCCGCAACAGCCUGCUGUCUUCUUACAUCCACUACGUGUUCCGCCUGCCCAGCACGGACCCCAGCUCCCCAUCACCAGACUCCAACUCAUCCCUAACAGGACCUGGAGGAUUGGGGGGUUCUGUUCAUUAUGCCACCAUGGCUCGCUCAGCUGUUCGACCAGCCAGCCUCAACCUUAACCGCUCCCGCAGCCUUAGCAACAGCAACCCUGACAUAUCUGGUACGCCCACAUCUCCAGACGAUGAAGUUCGCUCCAUAAUUGGCAGCAAGGGCUUAGACCGCUCCAACUCGUGGGUGCACACCAUGGGCUGUAGUGCCCCCUGGGGAUCCAGCCCCGGGUCCGCUCCAGAAACCAUGCAGGCCAUGGAGCGCUGUGGCAAUCGCAUGUCUUCGCACACUGAGAGCGCCAGUUUCUUGCAAACAUUAACAGGACGGUUGCCCACAAAAAAGCUCUUCCAUGAGGAGUUGGCUCUACAAUGGGUGGUGAGCAGUGGAAGCGUCCGGGAGGGUGCCCUACAACAGGCCUGGUUCUUCUUUGAACUCAUGGUUAAGAGCAUUAUCCACCACCUCUACUUCACCGAACGCUUAGAGUCACCCAGGAAAAACCGUUUUCCUGAACGCUUUAUGGAUGAUAUCACAGCCCUGGUCAGCACCAUCGCUGGUGACAUUGUCUCUCGCUUCCAGAAGGAUCUGGAGUUAGUGGAGAGGCUAAACACCAGCCUAGCCUUCUUUCUCAAUGAUUUGCUGUCAGUCAUGGAUCGAGGCUUUGUCUUCACCUUAAUCAGGGCAUACUGGAAACAGGUUUCCACAAAGCUUUAUGCUCUGCAGAACCCGACCCUGGAGUCUUUGAGGCUUGAUUUCCUAAGAAUUGUGUGCAGUCAUGAACACUAUGUCACCCUGAAUCUGCCCUGCAGCCUGCUCACCCCACCUGCCUCCCCUUCCCCCUCUGUAUCUUCAGCAACUUCACAGAGCUCUGGGUUCUCCACACAUGUUCAAGAUCAAAAGAUAGCCAACAUGUUUGAGCUGUCUGUCCCGUUUAGAGAGCAACAUUAUCUGGCUGGACUAGCACUGUCUGAACUCUCAGUAAUACUAGACCCAGAUAAUGAAGGAAUGUUUGGUCUCCAUAAGAAAGUGGUGAGCGUUGUUCACAACCUCCUGUCCAGCCACGACUCUGACCCACGAUACGCUGAUCCUGAGGUCAAGGCUCGGGUCGCCAUGCUUUACCUGCCUCUCAUCGGCAUUGUCAUGGAGACGCUGCCACAGCUCCAUGACUUUACAGAGUCUCACAACCAGUGGGGUCGGCCAGGUGGUCCCCAGGCAGCAGCAGCGGGCAGCGGGGGAGAAGAGGCAGAAGAAGGUAACAGUUUGAUCAAUCAAACUGUUGCUAUGGCAAUAGCGGGCACUUCCACUUCAUCUCCAAUGUCCCGACCAAGUAGCUUCUUACUCAACUCACAGGCAAAUCGCCAGCAUGGGAGCUUCUCAGCUGAGUCGAGUCGCAGCCUGCUGAUCUGCCUGCUGUGGGUCCUGAAGAAUGCUGAUGAGCUAGUGCUGCAGAAAUGGUUCACAGACCUGUCAGUGUCCCAGCUCAACCGUCUGUUGGAUCUCCUCUACCUCUGUGUCUCUUGCUUUGAGUACAAGGCCCAUGUUGUGUUCACCAUGCAGGGGAAGAAGGCAUUUGAACGCAUGAACAGCCUAACCUUUAAGAAGUCCAAAGAUAUGAAGGCCAAGCUGGAGGAGGCUAUAUUGGGCAGCAUUGGGGCCAGACAGGAAAUGGUCCGACGGAGUCGAGGACAGCUAGAGCGGAGUCCAUCUGGCAGUGCUUUUGGAAGUCAGGAAAAUCUCAGAUGGAGGAAGGAUAUGACCCACUGGAGACAGAACAGCGAAAGGAUGGACAAGAGUCACAGAUCAGUCAGGACAAGAGCAGAGCUGGAGCAUGAAGCCCUAAUUGAUGGUAACCUUGCCACAGAGGCCAACUUAAUAAUUCUUGAUACUUUGGAAAUCAUUGUACAGACGGUAUCAGUUACAGAAUCCAAGGAGAGUAUCCUGGGUGGCGUACUGAAAGUACUUCUUCACAGCAUGGCCUGCAACCAGAGCGCCCUCUACCUCCAGCACUGUUUUGCCACACAGAGGGCCCUUGUGUCUAAGUUUCCUGAACUUCUCUUCGAGGAGGAAACUGAGCAGUGUGCUGAUCUAUGUUUGAGACUCCUGCGGAGCUGCAGCAGUAGCAUCAGUACCAUCAGAUCCCAUGCCAGUGCCUCCCUGUACCUCCUCAUGAGGCAAAACUUUGAGAUCGGCAACAACUUUGCAAGAGUGAAGAUGCAGGUGACCAUGUCUUUAUCCUCACUGGUGGGAACUUCUCAGAAUUUUAACGAGGAGUUCCUCCGUCGCUCUCUGAAGACCAUCCUUACCUAUGCAGAAGAGGACCUCGAACUAAGGGAAACAACGUUCCCAGACCAGGUCCAAGACCUUGUGUUUAAUCUACACAUGAUCCUAUCUGACACAGUGAAAAUGAAGGAACAUCAAGAGGAUCCAGAGAUGUUGGUAGACCUCAUGUACAGAAUUGCAAAGGGAUACCAGACAUCUCCAGACCUGCGGCUGACAUGGCUCCAGAACAUGGCUGGAAAACACUCGGAGAGGAACAACCAUGCUGAAGCUGCUCAGUGUCUGGUGCACAGUGCUGCUCUAGUAGCAGAAUACCUCAGCAUGCUUGAGGACCGCAAGUAUCUUCCUGUAGGCUGUGUCACCUUCCAAAAUGUCUCUUCAAAUGUGCUGGAGGAAUCUGCAGUCUCUGACGAUGUGGUGUCACCAGAUGAGGAGGGUAUCUGCUCUGGGAAAUACUUCACUGAAAUUGGUCUGGUGGGCCUCCUGGAACAGGCAGCUGCCUCUUUUUCCAUGGCUGGCAUGUAUGAGGCUGUCAAUGAAGUGUACAAGGUACUGAUCCCAAUCCAUGAAGCCAACAGAGAUGCAAAGAAGCUAGCCACCAUUCAUGGUAAACUACAGGAAGCCUUUAGCAAAAUUGUUCAUCAGAGUACUGGCUGGGAGAGGAUGUUUGGUACAUACUUCAGAGUUGGAUUUUAUGGUUCAAAAUUUGGCGACUUAGACGAGCAGGAGUAUGUGUACAAAGAACCUGCCAUCACAAAGCUGGCUGAAAUCUCUCACAGGCUAGAGGGUUUCUAUGGGGAGCAAUUUGGAGAGGACCAGGUAGAAGUCAUAAAGGACUCCAAUCCUGUAGACAAGUGCAAGCUGGACCCCAAUAAGGCAUUCAUCCAGAUCACGUACGUGGAACCGUACUUUGACACGUACGAGAUGAAGGACCGCAUCACCUACUUUGACAAGAACUACAACUUGCGUCGUUUUGUGUACUGCACUCCCUUCACCCUGGACGGGAGGGCCCACGGGGACUUGCACGAACAGUUCAAACGCAAGACCAUCCUCACCACCUCGCACGCCUUCCCUUACAUCAAGACACGGAUCAACAUCAUCCACAAAGAAGAGAUUAUAUCCACACCCAUAGAGGUGGCGAUAGAGGACAUGCAGAAGAAGACGCAGGAGUUGGCUUUUGCCACCCACCAAGACCCUGCUGAUGCCAAAAUGUUGCAGAUGGUACUUCAGGGAUCAGUGGGCACCACUGUAAACCAGGGUCCUUUGGAGGUAGCUCAGGUGUUUCUGUCAGAGAUCCCCAGUGACUCAAAACUGUACAGACACCACAAUAAGCUGCGGCUGUGCUUUAAAGAUUUCACAAAGAGGUGUGAAGAUGCCCUUCGAAAGAACAAGAGCCUGAUUGGACCGGAUCAGAAAGAGUAUCAGAGGGAGCUGGAGAGGAAUUACCACAGACUGAAGGAGGCGCUGCAGCCCCUCAUCAACAGGAAGAUCCCCCAGCUUUAUAAACCUGUCCUGCAGGUCAAUUCGCACAGCAAACGGACAGCUUGACAAGAGAUUCCUUCAGCAGAAUGAGUCUUCGCAAGCUUGAUAUGUGAAGAUGAAGAGAAUGCACUCGCACACACAUUGUCCUACACAAAGACAUAACAGAAAUUGCAAUAUUAAUUUAUUCUCAAGUGUAAAUAGGAGUGUCUCUUGGAUGGUGGUUAAGUGUUUAGGAAAGCGUGUAAAAAGAAAGGCUAAGAGUUACAGCUUGGUACGUCAUUCCAGUGUCUUAAUUUGUUUACAGACAAACUGUUACACAAUCAGCAAAGUGAACAAGUGGAUCUGAGAUUAAAUAGACACCUUGGCAUUUAAUACUUCUGUGGUUGUCAUUUGUUACAGUAGGGAUGUUGGUCCCUAUGCUACCUGAAAGAAAAGGCUAAUGUUCACCCUGACGCAGACAAGUAGCUGUAAGCUGACACACCGCUGAAUAUGAAGAACGCUCUGAGAACAAUUCAAGUGCCAAAAAUCCCUUUUUUCAGCCAAAUUUUUUACAAGUGUCCCAGAAAAGGUACAAUUUUAAAAGUCAAGGUGUCUUUUUAAUCAUGUACGAUGUGUCAAAAACUGUAUUCAAUUUAAUGUGUGCACUUUUUUAUUAUGGUGUAGCAAUGCAUUUUACAACUUGAAAGUUUAUGUAUUUCAGUCGAGGGAGGAAAAAAAAAAACAUGCAAAAAAGGUACCAGUAUUUAUCAUGAUGCUUUAUCAAUUUUAGUUGAAGCAACAAUGUUUUAAAGUUAGGUACUUCAAACAUCCUUGUAUAAUUUUAUGUAGUUUGUUUUAUUUUAAAUAUUUUACUAAAUAAAUAUUUUAAUGUUCA